CCUCAUCUUUGCUCCUCUGUUUAGAGCUUUGCUCUUCUUCUUGAGGUUAAGGCAAUGCUGGGAAUGAGUUCUUUCUUCUCCUUUCUCAUUGCAUUCCUUCUCUUUCUCUCCCUGGUCACUGCUCAGCUAGCAAAGCCAUCAUCUUGGCAGACCUUGAGUGGUUCUGCCCCGUUAGUAGUUGCCAAGGGGGGAUUCUCAGGGAUCUUUCCAGACUCUAGUUCAGCAGCUUAUGAAUUAGCAAUGAUGAGCAGUAAAACUGAUACAAUUCUAUGGUGUGAUGUACGAUUAACAAAGGAUGGCUUUGGAAUCUGUCUUCCUGAUAUCAAGUUAGACAAUUGUACCAACAUUGCUUAUGUAUUUCCUAAUGGGAAAAAUAAAUACAUCAUUAAUGGUGUCCUCACAAAAGGAUGGUUUUCAGUGGACUAUGCUUUGAAAGAUCUGGCAAAUGUCGGCUGUAAGUUCUUCAAUUUAUCCUACAAACCGAAAUUUUCUGUUUCAUACUUCGAAAAUGCUGACUACUCCAAAUUUAAGUUCUUGUUGAUGAAUUAUGACCUAUAUAUUGACAACACCUUGCUCAUGCAAGCAGUAGUUCAGGCAAUUUAUUCUCGAACCGAGAAAUUUGAUUUGGCCUAUGGAAUCUUUGGUGUUGAAGAUGUAGUAGCUCUUAAGCCACCAGGACUAUGGUUAAAUAUACAGCAUGAUGCAUUCUACAGUCAACACCUUUUGAACAUGACAAGGUAUAUACUUUCAGUAUCAAAAAAUGUUACUGUAAAUUAUGUCUCAUCACCAGAAGUUGAUUUCCUCCGCAAUCUAGUGAGAGAAUUUAGGGGAACCAAGACGAAACUUGUGUUUCGAUUUCUCGAGUAUGAUGAUACUGAACCUACCAUGAACCAAAAAUAUAGUUCUUUAUUGAAAAAUCUUACCUUUAUCAAGACAUUUGCUUCCGGAAUUCUUGUGCCCAAGGAAUACAUUUGGAAUGCAACAAAUGAACCAUAUCUACUACCUCACACCUCUGUUGUCACAGACGCACAUAAAGUAGGACUUGAAGUAUUUGCUUCAGGCUUCCAUAAUGAUGCAAUUAUUCCCUUCAAUUAUACCUAUGAUCCUUUAGCCGAAUACCUUAACUAUGUGGAUAAUGGUGACUUCUCAGUCGAUGGUGUGCUUACCGACCAUCCUAUAACCUCAUCGGAGGCCAUAGAUUGCUAUUCUCAUAUGGACAAGAAUAAUAACUCUGAUCUCGGAAAGCCGACUAUUAUCUCCUACAAUGGAGCUAGUAGUGACUACCCAGACUGCACAGAUCUUGCUUACAAUCAAGCAGUUCUAGAUGGUGCUGAUUUUAUUGACUGUCCUGUUCAAAUGACAAAAGAUGGAGUUCCUAUAUGCAUGAGUUCAAUAGACCUUAUUCAAGUUACUACAGUAACAACAUCGGCUUUUAGAGCGCGUAUUUCUACAUUACCUGAACUUCAGGCAGCUACUGGAAUUUUUGUCUUCAAUUUCACAUGGGAAGAAAUUCACAAUUUGAAACCCGUUAUAUCAAGUCCAGAGAUAAACUACGGCAUGGUCAGAAACCCAAGAUUUAAAUACAGUGGGCAGUUCAUGAAAUUAUUGGAUUUUCUGGCAUUUGCGAAAGACAAGGCCUUAUCUGGAGUCACUAUUAAAAUAAACAAUGCUGCUUUCCUUGUGGAGAAGUUGGGCUUUGAUGUAGUCAAUGAAGUCAUCAACGCUCUAAACAGUACAGGCUACAACAACCUCUCUACUCAGCAAGUUAUGAUCCAAUCAAACAGCAGUUCAGUCCUGAUGAAGUUCAAGCAGCAAACCAAGUACAAUCUCAGCUACGUGGUCCACGAAUCCAUUAGCAAUGCCGAUAACUCCUCCAUUGCAGACAUCGCAAACUUUGCUCACUCUGUGGCCAUUGACAAGAAAUCUAUAUUCCUCGAAAACUAUAACUACAUUAUUGACCAGACACAGGUUGUGAAAAGAUUGAAGUCUGCUGGUCUUGCGGUGUACGUAUAUGUUCUCCAGAACGAGUUUGUAACACAUUUCUGGGAUUUCUUCAUGGACCCAUAUGUGGAGAUCAAUUCAUAUGUUAAUAUAUCAGGAGUUGAUGGCAUUAUCACCGAUUCCCCGCGAACAACUAAGACAUAUAGAAGAAAUACUUGUGCAAAAUCUGGUGGGUUUCCAAAUUAUAUGGAAGCUUUAGGAGUUGGCACAUUAUGGACACUUAUUCCCCCUGUUGUUCUGCCGCCGGCUGUUGCUCCAUUUCCGGUCUUGGAUGCCGCUGAUGUUUUGGAGUCACCUCUGCCUUCAGUAAAAGGUGCAAAAACAGGGCCAUCCACUUCUCCAUCUCCUCCAACUGCACCAGCUCCAAGUAGUUCAAAUGUCCACCUAAACUCUGUUGCUUUAAUCUCUCUCUCUGUAAUAAUGAUGAAAUUGACGUUGUGGUGAAUUUUAGUUAUUGUACUGAUAGUUCUAGGUUUUCCCCCUUGAUGUUAUAGUUUGCUCUUGUGCGCCAAUCUAUAUAUGUUUUGCAUA